AGCUCUUGCCUUUCCCCGGGCGCGGGGCCAUGAGCCCCGCGGCCACCUGAGGCACAGGGGGCGCUGCGCUGAGGGGACCGCGCCCCCGAAGUCCCGCGCCCUUGUCUCUGCACUGCGGGACGCCCGCGCCGGACCCUGGUGGAGGCGUCUUCAGAAGAGCGGCGGGGUGGGGGCAUGGAACCCGCGGCACCAGCGGGCCAGGCCCGGGCGGCGGCCACCAAGCUGUCGGAGGCGGUGGGCGCAGCGCUGCUGGAGCCCCGGAGGCAGCGGCGCCUGGUGCUGGUCAUCGUGUGCGUGGCGCUGUUACUGGACAACAUGCUGUAUAUGGUCAUCGUGCCCAUCGUACCCGACUACAUCGCCCACAUGCGCGGGGGCAGCGAGAGCACCACCCUGACCCCUGAGGGAUGGGAGCCCACCCUGCAGCCACCCACUCCGGCUAAUGCCAGCGCCUACACAGCCAACACCUCGGCGACCCCGACGGCUGCGCGACCUGCCGGUUCAGCUCUGCGGCCCCGCUACCCCACGGAGAGCGAAGACGUGAAGAUCGGGGUGCUGUUUGCCUCCAAGGCCAUCCUGCAGCUGCUGGUGAACCCCUUGAGCGGGCCCUUCAUCGACCGCAUGAGCUACGAUGUGCCGCUGCUCAUCGGCCUGGGCGUUAUGUUCGCCUCCACGGUCAUGUUCGCCUUCGCGGAGGACUACGCCACGCUAUUCGCCGCGCGCAGCCUGCAGGGCCUGGGCUCAGCCUUCGCCGACACGUCCGGCAUUGCCAUGAUCGCCGACAAGUAUCCCGAGGAGCCGGAACGCAGUCGCGCGCUGGGAGUGGCGCUGGCCUUCAUCAGCUUUGGAAGCCUAGUGGCGCCCCCCUUCGGGGGCAUCCUCUAUGAGUUCGCCGGCAAACGCGUGCCCUUCCUGGUGCUUGCCACCGUGUCGCUACUCGACGCGCUGUUGCUGCUGGCCGUAGCCAAGCCCUUCUCGGCCGCUGCACGGGCGCGGGCCAACCUGCCGGUGGGCACGCCCAUCCACCGUCUCAUGCUGGACCCUUACAUCGCCGUGGUGGCCGGCGCGCUCACCACCUGCAACAUUCCCCUCGCCUUCCUCGAGCCCACUAUCGCCACGUGGAUGAAGCACACGAUGGCAGCAUCCGAGUGGGAGAUGGGCAUGGCCUGGCUGCCGGCCUUCGUGCCACACGUGCUAGGCGUCUACCUCACUGUGCGCCUGGCGGCGCGCUAUCCACACCUGCAGUGGCUGUACGGCGCUCUCGGGCUGGCAGUGAUCGGCGCCAGCUCGUGCAUUGUGCCAGCCUGCCGUUCCUUUGCGCCGCUAGUGGUCUCGCUCUGCGGCCUCUGCUUUGGCAUAGCUCUGGUAGACACCGCGCUGCUGCCCACGCUCGCCUUCCUUGUGGACGUGCGCCACGUCUCAGUCUACGGCAGCGUCUACGCCAUCGCGGACAUCUCCUAUUCCGUGGCCUACGCGCUCGGGCCCAUAGUGGCGGGCCACAUCGUGCACUCGCUCGGUUUUGAGCAGCUCAGCCUUGGCAUGGGCCUGGCCAACCUGCUCUACGCGCCAGUUCUGCUGCUGCUGCGCAACGUGGGCCUCCUGACGCGCUCCCGCUCCGAGCGCGACGUGCUGCUUGACGAGCCUCCCCAGGGUCUGUACGAUGCGGUGCGCCUGCAUGAGCGUCCCAUGCCCAGCCUGGACGGCGCGCCUCGCAGCCCGCCUGGCCCUCUUGAGGAGUGUGAGGACGACUACAACAACUACUACUACACCCGCAGCUAGCAGACCCGCUCCUCCUCCAGACCACCCACCCCCCUUGGGUCAAAGUGGCUGCUCUGCCAGCACACUGGCCAGCCCAGGCUCAGGGCCCGCCUCCUCCAGCGAGUACGCCAGCCCCUCCCCAGUCUUGACUUCUCCUGCCCGAAUCCCCUUUCCCUGACCCAUUCCGUGACCCUGUCUCCCUUGUCCAGUGGGGCUUGGAGCAUCGAGGCACGCGAAGCAAUUGCGCUCCUUGCGGAGAUGAAGAGGCGCGCGGGCCGCCACCUUGGGGCUCCCCUGUGUAGAGCAGUGCGUCUGUCUGUCCUUCAUUCCGUUCCUCCCAGUGCCAAACAGCCCGCUGCACCGCGGUGCCUCCGUCCCGAAUCAAUAAACCAUGUCUGUCCGAGGA